AUGAAUGGACACAUUGAAGGAAGCAGGACAAGUCAUUUUUCCCAUGUUCAAAUCCUGUUGUGGGAGGAGAACAUGGGAAACAAUUUUUACCUAACAUUGUUUCCUUGUUUUGCAGCUACCUCAUACAUAAGCAUUGAACAAGCAGGACCACAACAUGGACAAUCCAAAAAGCAGGAAACAAACAGAUUCAAGGAUACAUGGAAAGUCAGCAAUGAGAAAAAAAAAAAAGAUUUCAAUGAGAUACCAACAGGAGUGAAUCGCACUGAAACCAGCGAAAACAACAUGAAAAGGUGCAUGAUAUACUCCGAAAUCAACAUACUCAGCAACUCAAAGCUCAUCAACAAAGGACGAAAGCAACAUGAGAUGACACUGGCUGAAACUGAGAAUUUGCAGAAGAUGGAAAUUCAAUUGGAACAGGAGAAUGCAUUCCUCAGAUCAAAGAUAGCAGAAAAUGAGAGGCUUCAGGAAUUAAGCAUGAUGGCAGCUGGAGUUCUCGGCUGA